AUGGCGUCGAGUCUGUCGUCCCUGGCUGAAAAUUUGCUUACACCCGAACAUGAGAAAUUCCGUGAGACAGCCAAACAUUUUGUCACCGGAGAUAUGCCGCUCGUGACUCGUAAGGGGGUGUACCCGUACGAGUACACGGAUAGUUGGGAGCGGAUAGAGGAUACUAGGUUACCGAGUAAGAGCAGCUUUUACAGUACGUUAACAGAGACCGGGAUUAAGGAGAGCGAAUUUGACCAUGCUAAGGAGGUAUGGAGUCAUUUUAACUGUAGGACGCUCGGUGAUUAUUCCGACCUGUACCUGAAAAUUGACGUGUUACUGCUGGCGGAUGUUUUUGAGAACUUCCGCGACUUGUGUAUGAAGACGUAUAACCUGGACGCCGCCCAUUAUUUCACCGCCCCAGGCUUAAGUUUCGAUGCGAUGCUUAAGUUCACGGGGCAAAAGCUUCAGUUAUUGCAUGAUUACGACAUGUUGUUGAUGUUCGAAAAUGGUAUACGUGGGGGAUUGGUGCAGGCGAGCAAGCGAUAUGCGAUGGCGAACAAUGUAAAGACUCCGGGGUAUGACGAAACGAAGGAGAAAUCGUGGAUCAUAUAUCAGGACUGUAACAACUUGUACGGGUGGGCAAUGUCUCAGUACAUGCCGUACGGUGGGUUCAACUGGGUUGAACCUACAUUGAAUGGGUUGAACGAUUUAGACGACACUUCACCCAUAGGACGAGUGUAUGAGGUGGACGUGUCGUAUCCAAGACACUUGCAUAACGGACAUAACGACCUGCCUUUCCUGCCGCAAAACAGCGUGCCUCGAGGCUCGAAGGUUAGGAAGUUGAUGGCGACAUUUGAGAAAAAGGAGAAUUACAUCGUACAUUAUAGGAACCUACAGCAGGCCAUUAAGAAUGGUUUGAUAGUUGAAAAAGUACAUAGAGUGAUACAGUUUAACCAGUCAGAUUGGUUGGCUAAAUAUAUAGAUUUAAACACCGAAAUGAGGAAAAAGGCUAGGAACGCAUUUGAGAAAGACUUCUUUAAAUUGAUGAAUAACGCUGUAUUUGGAAAAACUAUGGAAUCGAAACGAAAACAGCUGAAAAUAGAGUUGGUAUCCUGUGAGAGGAGGUUACAGAAAUGUAUUAAUAAAACUACUUUUAAACACUGCACUAAUUACAAUGAAAACCUCAAUGCAGUAGCGUUGGAGAAUAAGAUAAUUAAAUUUGACAAACCUAUAUAUAUUGGAUUUUCAGUGCUGGAUAUCAGUAAGACGUUGAUGUAUGACUAUCACUACAAUGUUAUGCAGAAGCACUAUAGGGAUAAAAUUAAGCUAAUGUACACUGAUACAGAUUCGUUGAUAUACCAUAUUAAAACUACUGAUUUUUAUGAAGACUUGGCAGCUAAUCACAGCUUGUUGGAUCGAAUGGAUACAGCUAACCUACCCAGUGAUCAUCCCUGUUAUGUUGCAGUUAGAAAGAAGGAACCUGGGAGAAGAGGAUGCGGUGAGAGAUAA